UGAUGCCUUCGCAACACUUUUGACUUGGGAGUUGGAACUCCCGCGACUGCCCAACCUUUGAAGAAUACCAAACUGAACUUUUGGCAUUUGCCUCUAUCCUCUUGCGUCUUUCUCCUCCUCCCACCUUGCACAAACCGAAACUCGGAAACUAUCCCUUUCCCUUCUCCCCCAACCUUUCUCUCCUCAGCGUCACUGCCCAAGCAAAGCAUCCAGUUUCUCCCUGCUGAUCAAUAUCACCAAAUUCCAUGUCUUGUCUAACACACAAAGCUGAACUCCGGGAACCCACCUACCAUAUUCUUCUGUUUCUCUGUUUUUCUCUUUUUACACCUUGGAAUGGCCACCGAAAAAGCGGUUUCCAUGCCGGUGGGGGUGACUCGUUUGAAGUACUCGAACCGGGUGGUUUUGAAAACUAUAUUGGAACGUAGUGAUGGAGGGUUGGGACUGGUUGGCGAGAGAGUUGUAAUAGGAGGAUGGGUGAGGUCUUCGAAGGAGGUGAUGGUGAAAGAUCCUUUGCCGCCGUCACCGUCACCAUCACCUCCACCAAAAACGGAUGCUGGGACGGGUGAAAUGGGGCCGAAAGAUGCGAGCUUUAUGGAAAUUCUUCAGUCUCGGAUACCCUUUUUCCGGUCGAUUAUGAAAGUUUUAGGUGGUGGAAAUCACAACCAUCUUCGCGAAAAUUCGGAACAGGGGAUUCCCAGGCCGCCCCCGCCUUCGAUUGCUUUCUUACAAGUUAGCGACGGCUCAUGUGUUAGCUAUCUUCAGGUUGUUGUAGCUUCUGCUAUAGCUUCCCCGUGCCAGCUCCUGCGUACUGGAACAUGUAUACUGGUGGAGGGUGUAUUGAUGCAGCUAUCAGAACUAGGAAAACAUGUCAUCGAGCUUAAAGUGGAUAAAAUUCGUCAUAUAGGGACAGUGGAUCAUGAAAAGUAUCCGUUAUCAAAGAAAAAGUUACCAUUUGAAAUGUUGAGGGAUUUUUCCCAGUUUCGACCUCGGACAACUACGGUGGCGUCUGUUACGAGAAUCAGUAAUGCCCUGACCUUCGCAACUCACACAUUCUUUCAAAACCUUGGGUUCUUUCACAUGCAAGUACCUAUUAUCACGACCACAGACAGUGAAGGAUUAACUGAAAAAUUCUCGGUUACGACUCUUCUUGGCAAAGCAGACAAGACAGAGAAGCCAACUACCAUUAAGGACACUGAAGGUGUUAGCCUUGAAGUUAUCAAGUCUGCUGCGAAGGAGAAAGCUAAGCUAGUUCAAGAACUAAAGGAAAGUGAAAGCAAUAAGGAAGCACUGGCUGCCACACUUCAGGAUUUUCAGAAACCAAAUGAAGUGUCACAGUUAAAAGCAAGAGAAAAAUCAAAACCAGGAACUUCACUGAAGGCCAAUAAAGUUAACUUUUCUGAAGAUUUCUUCUCCUGUCGAACUUAUCUGACCGUUUCUGGUCGCCUACACUUGGAGAGCUAUGCAUGUGCCCUUGGAAAUGUUUACUCAAUUGGACCCCGAUUCCGGGCAGAUUGUGCUGAACAAGUGGCAGAGAAGUUAAUGAUUGAGAUCGAAAUGGCAUUUGCACGGUUGGAGGAUGCCAUGAGCUGUGCAGAUGACUUUUUCAAGUUCCUCUGCAAAUGGGUGUUGGAUAAUUGUCCCGAAGAUAUGACAUUUGUUUCAAAACGAAUUGACAAAACCCGUAUUGAUCGUCUUCAAUCAAUGAUAUACAGUAAAGUUGAAAAGAUCACCUACACUGAAGUUGUAGAUGUAUUAGGAAAGGUUUCAGACCAGAAGUUUGAAGUAAAACUUCAGUGGGGUGCUGCUCUCACAGCAGAGCAUCUAAGUUAUUUGGUAGAGGUGAUCCACAAGAACCCUGUAAUGAUAUACAAUUAUCCAAUAGGAGUUAAGCCAUUUUAUGCUCGCUUGAAUGAUGAUAGAAAAACUGUUGCAGCAUUUGAUUUGGUGCUACCAAAGGCAAGAAUCUUAAUUUCAGGUAGCCAAAAUGAGGAGCGAUUGGACAUUUUAAGUUCAAGAAUAAAGGAAUUGGGGUUGCCCAGAGAACAGUACGAGUGGUGCUUAGAUCUUCGCAGGCAUGGAACAGUCGAGCACUCUGGAUUCAGUCUUGGGUUCGACCAUAUGGUUCUCUUUGCCACUGGGCUGACUGAUGCUGUAGAUGUUAUCCCUUUUCCCAGGAGUUAUGCCAAAGCCAACAACUAAUGCUGUAGAUGGUUUUGUGUCACACGCAGCGGGUUAAAGGGCCGGGUUUAUUCGUGGACCAGGGACACGGGAAGCUUGGGCCAGAUGGGAGGGAAGCGGACAGAUGGGCUCGAGCCCGGUCAUCUACAAUAAGGCCGUAAACGGCAUGCUUUUGUUGUCAUUUACUAUUUUACCCUUUUAUGUUUGUUUUUCAGACGAUUGUUGAUUGGUUUAAGUCUCUGUCAAAGCUGUUAGGAAAGGGAGCACUAUAAGUCACAGAAACGUGUAAUAGCGUGGUAUCGAAUAUUCUAACAGAAAUAUAUUCUCUGAAUUUUCCUUCUUCUUCGUCUAAACUUUUUCUCUCAAAUUCUGGAGGAUUCUCACCCUCUAAGUGAGCUCAAGAAACAUUUAUAUUCCUUAUUACUUUGUGAGUGUUACAAUUUGGUAUCAGAGACAGCUUUGUCACACGCAGCGGGUUAAAGGGCCGGGUUUAUUCGUGGACCAGGGACACGGGAAGCUUGGGCCAGAUGGGAGGGAAGCGGACAGAUGGGCUCGAGCCCAGUCAUCUACAAUAAGGCCUUAAACGGCAUGCUUUUGUUGUCAUUUACUAUUUUACCCUUUUAUGUUUGUUUUUCAGACGAUUGUUGAUUGGUUUAAGUCUCUGUCAAAGCUGUUAGGAAAGGGAGCACUAUAAGUCACAGAAACGUGUAAUAGCGUGGUAUCGAAUAUUCUAACAGAAAUAUAUUCUCUGAAUUUUCCUUCUUCUU